UGCACCGAAAGCAUGGGAAUAUAUAUAUGGUGAAACAGAAAAACUAAAUAAAGUAGAAAUAUGGAGAGCAUAAGUGAUGGUAAAUGGGAUAGUUUGCCAGUGAAACUUCACGACAGCAUAUUGCUGACUCUGAAGAAGCUGGAAUUUACUUAUAUGACUCCGGUUCAGUCAGCAUGCAUUCCUCUUUUCAUGAGCAAUAAAGAUGUUGCAGCCGAAGCGGUAACGGGAAGUGGGAAGACUCUAGCGUUUGUUAUUCCUCUGCUAGAAAUCCUCAUGAAGCGCGAGGAGAAGCUGAAAAAAAUGCAGGUUGGAGCUUUGAUCGUCACACCAACUCGAGAGCUGGCGGUCCAGAUCAGUGAAGUUGUGGGACAGUUUCUUAAGGAAUUUCCUCAGUUCAGGCAGAUUUUAUUAAUCGGUGGAAGUAAUCCCAUUGAAGAUGUGGAGAAGUUUAAGGCCAAUGGAGCCAACAUUGUGAUUGGAACCCCUGGCCGGCUGGAGGACAUGUUCAGGAGGAAAGCUGAUGGCCUGGACUUGGCCAGCUGUGUGAAGGCUUUGGAUGUGCUUGUUCUAGAUGAAGCUGACAGACUGCUGGACAUGGGCUUUGAAGCAAGCCUGAACAAUAUUUUGGGCUACUUGCCCAAGCAAAGGCGCACAGGCCUUUUCUCAGCUACGCAGACUCAGGAGCUGGAGAAGCUGGUGAGGGCCGGCCUCCGAAACCCGGUCCGUAUCACAGUGAAGGAGAAAGGAGUGGCAGCUACUAGCAUGCAGAAGACCCCAGCAAGGCUUAGUAAUUACUACACAAUCUGCAGAACAGAAGCCAAGUUUAACUUGCUGGUGGCUUUCCUGAGACAACACAAACAUGAGAAGCAGCUCCUCUUCUUUAGCACGUGCGCCUGCGUGGAAUAUUUUGGCAGAGCGCUGGAGGUCUUCCUCAAAAACGUCCCCAUUCUUUGUAUCCAUGGCAAGAUGAAGGACAAGCGGAACAAGAUCUUCUCAGAGUUUCGGGAAUUAAAAAGUGGAAUACUCGUGUGCACCGACGUGAUGGCCAGAGGCAUCGACAUCCCCGAUGUGAACUGGGUGCUACAGUACGAUCCCCCGAGCAGCGCAAGUUCUUUUGUACACCGAUGUGGCCGAACUGCUCGUAUCGGGAACCGAGGCGACGCUCUUGUCUUCCUCUUGCCGAUGGAGGAAUCCUACGUCAGUUUCCUGUCUAUCAAUCAGAAAUGUCCUCUCCAGCCGUUUCCUCCUGUGAAGGACGUAGUGGACGUGUUGCCCAAGCUGAAGGCUCUGGCUCUAAGGGACCGGGCGGUGUUUGAGAGAGGAAUGAAAGCGUUCGUCUCGUUUGUCCAGGCUUAUGCAAAGCACGAGUGCAGCCUGAUCUUCCGACUCAAAGAUCUGGACUUUGCCGCUUUAGCUCGAGGCUUCGCUCUUCUCCGUAUGCCUAAGAUGCCCGAGUUGAGAGGCAAGACGUUCCCCGACUUUGAAGGGAUCACAGACACCGACUCCAUUCGCUUCAAGGACAAGAACCGAGAGAAACAGAGGCAGAAAUCAUUACAGGAGAGAAAGGAAAAGCAGACACCAGUACAGAAAAAGAACUUCAUUAAGAACAAAGCCUGGUCCAAGCAGAAAUCCAAGAAGGAUAAGAGGAAGAGGAUAGCUGCCAAGAGGAAGAUAAACGAGGGAUCAGACGUGGACGACGAGGACAUUGACGAGCUUUUGAGUGACACACGUCUACUGAAGAAACUCAAGAAGGGAAAAAUUAGCGAGGAAGACUUUGACAAGCAGUUGAGCGCAGGAAGAAAUUCGAAGCCUAAAAAAGGAAGUCCUCAUAAGGAUGGCGCAGAAGGAGAGAGUGAAUGAACACACAAACCUGGACUGUGCUAAACAUUGCUGUUCUGCCAUGAUAUCAGUGUGCUGUAUCAGCACAGGCAAAAGUUGGCGGUGUUAUACUUGUUAUUGUUGGAUAUCAACUUCUAUAAUUAAAGCCUGUAGGAUUUCUGUGGUGAGAGAAAAAACUAUAGGUAUUGCAGGAAUCCGAUUUUGUAAACAUUUUAUAUUUUAGGGAUAUGACAUUUGAU